AACCCACCACACCAACCGGGAGAAAGGUCAGGUCGAUCUCCCAUUCCCACCCGUGCGAUUCCCCUCCGCCAUCUCCCAGCUUGCCGUCGUCCGGCCCCAUCCCCUUCCCGUGCCACCGAGGUGAAGGUGGGCUCGCUCAGGUCUCAGGUGCUAGAUGGCCGCCGCGGCGGUCCUGGCGCUGCUGAUGGUUUCGGCGCUGGCGGGGGCCGCGGCCGGCGGUGACAUCGUCCACCACGACGACGAGGCACCCAAGAUCCCCGGAUGCAACAACGACUUCAUCCUGGUAAAAGUGCAAAGCUGGGUCAACGGCAAAGAGGGUGAUGAAUUUGUUGGAGUUGGUGCUCGCUUUGGUCCCAAAAUUGUCUCCAAGGAGAAGCACGCAAACCGAACUAAACUCACGCUGGCAGACCCUAUUGAGUGCUGCUCUCCUCCAAAAGACAAGGUUUCUGGAGAUAUUCUUUUAGUUCAAAGGGGCAAGUGCAAAUUCACAAAGAAAGCAAAGUUUGCUGAAGCUGCCGGUGCUUCUGCCAUAGUAAUCAUAAACCAUGUCCACGAACUGUACAAGAUGGUCUGUGAAAAGAAUGAGACAGAUCUUGACAUACAUAUACCUGCAGUUCUUCUACCAAAAGACGCAGGUUCUGCUUUACACACACUUCUUACAAGCGGUAACGCAGUUUCUGUGCAGCUGUACUCUCCAGACCGUCCUGUAGUUGACACUGCAGAGGUAUUUCUAUGGCUUAUGGCUGUUGGUACAGUCCUCGUUGCUUCAUACUGGUCUGCAUGGAGUGCUAGAGAAGCAGUUAUUGAACAAGAGAAGCUCCUGAAGGAUGGCCAUGAAGGCCUACUGAAUGUUGAGGCUGGAGGUUCUAGUGGUAUGGUAGAUAUCAAUGUGGUAUCAGCGGUAAUGUUUGUGGUGGUUGCGUCAUGCUUCUUAAUAAUGCUCUACAAACUCAUGUCUUACUGGUUUGUGGAGCUACUGGUGGUAAUCUUCUGCAUUGGCGGUGUAGAGGGUUUGCAAACAUGCUUGGUUGCUCUGUUAUCAAGAUGGUUCAAGCCUGCUGCAGAAUCUUUUGUGAAAGUACCAUUCAUUGGAGCUGUUUCACAUCUUACUCUGGCAGUUUGUCCAUUUUGCAUUGCAUUUGCUGUUCUAUGGGCUGUUUUCCGCCAACUUCCGUAUGCUUGGAUUGGGCAAGAUAUUCUUGGUAUCACACUGAUAGUUACUGUCAUCCAAAUUGUCAGAGUACCCAACCUCAAGGUGGGUUCAGUUCUUCUCAGCUGUGCCUUCCUGUAUGACAUCUUCUGGGUGUUCGUCUCCAAGAGGUGGUUCCAUGAGAGUGUGAUGAUUGUGGUUGCACGUGGUGAUAAGACUGACGAGGAUGGUGUGCCCAUGUUGCUAAAAAUUCCACGAAUGUUUGAUCCUUGGGGUGGAUACAGCAUUAUUGGCUUUGGUGAUAUCCUUCUUCCUGGGCUGGUAGUUGCUUUUGCACUAAGAUACGAUUUUGUUGCAAAGAAGAGCCUUCAGUCUGGUUAUUUUUUGUGGUCAAUGGUGGCCUAUGGUUCCGGACUUCUAAUCACAUAUGUUGCGCUGAACCUGAUGGAUGGUCAUGGCCAACCUGCCCUUCUGUACAUUGUGCCCUUCACACUCGGAACGUUGAUCACGCUCGGUUGGAAGAGAGGAGAGCUGCAGAACCUGUGGAUGAGGGGGGAGCCAGAGAGAGUGUGCACGCAUAUGCAUAUGCCGCUGCUGCCCGCGACCCCAAACUAACAAGUGCGUGGGGUAGGCACUUGGACCAGAAUGCACGCUGCGUCGGCGUCCUGCUAAUACGGUAACUAGUAGUAAUUAAAUAUAUUGCCCAGCAAUAUGGUCGCGUAAGUUGUAUUUGAUCGAGACACUUUACUGAUGUACGUAUAUGCAUGUAUACUUGCUUAUGAAUUUAGUUCAGCAUGCCUGUCAGCCUGUGUGUGAUGGACAAAAAAUCACUUUACCGAUGUGCUCCAUCUUGUCAAGUCAAAUGUAGCUAGGAAUAGAAUCAAUCAGUGUAAUGUUGUGUUCGAGAAAAAAUCAGUGUAGUGUUACUAA